AUGUCAUAUGGGAGUCAAAGUCACAUUAACGCCACUGUUGGUCUGCAGUAUCAUGAGUUACUGGGGAAAGUUUUCUUUUCCACUCUGACCACGAUAACAUGCUGUGUGUUCCUCUCCAUUAACGGGGUCAUGCUUUUCACUUUGAGGAGUAAGCCAGUGUUCUGGGAGACUUCUCGCUAUAUUUUGCUGUUUAACCUGAUUCUCGCUGACACUCUGCUGCUGGCACAGAGUCAGACACUUUACAUUUUGGCUUCUUUCAGAAUAUUCCUGACAUAUCCUGUGUGUGGCGCUAUUGUUAAGCUUGCUGAUAUAACAAAUGUCAUUUCUCCGCUGACACUGGUGGCCAUUUCUUUGGAAAGAUAUGUAGCUGUGUGUUACCCACUGAAUCACUCUACCAUCAUCACUGUUAGAAACACAGUAGCGGUUAUCAUCAGCAUUUGGGCCUUCAGUUUAUUAAAUGUUCUCAUUAGAGUUAUUUUGCUGUUAGAAUUUCCAUUUGAAGACCUGGGGACUCUGCAGAUGAAAGACUUCUGCUCUGCCACGGGCCUGAUGCUCGGACAAUCAUUGGAUCAUUAUGACAAAGCCUACACUUGUCUUCUGUUUGUUUCAGCUUUUGUUGCAAUAACUUCCUCUUAUGUCGGUGUGACAGUAGCAGCCAGGUCGGCCUCCACAGACAAAGCCUCAUCCAUUAAGGCUCGAAACACACUGCUGCUGCAUCUGCUGCACCUCGGACUCAACCUGUUGUCCAAUAUGCAAAGCACUCUGCUCAAAGCCAUCGCAAAGAGGGUAUCGAGGGUCGUAUAUGUGCGAAUCACUGUUUUCACUUAUGUAUGCAUUACUUUAACUCCUAGAUGUUUUAGUGCUGUAAUCUAUGGCUUCAGAGACCAGACCAUCAGAGCGAUCCUUACACACCAGCUGAGCUGUUGGGUCAAAGUCUCAGUUAUCAAGUCAAUUCAGAGUUGA